AUGUCCUGCCAGCAGAGCCAGCAGCAGUGCCAGCCACCUCCCAAGUGCACCCCCAAGUGUCCUCCCAAGUGCCAGACCCCAAAGUGCCCCCCAAAGUGCCCCCCUAAGUGCCCUCCUGCCCCUUCCUGCUGUAGCCUUGGUUCUGGGGGCUGCUGUGGCUCCAGCUCUGGGGGCUGCUGCAGAUCUGGGGGCGGCGGCUGGUGCCUGAGCCACCACAGGCCCCGCAGAUCUCUCCGACGUCACAGACACCAGAGCUCUGGAUGCUGUGGCAGCAGUGGAGGCAGCGGUGGAUGCUGUGGCAGCAGUGGAGGCAGCGGUGGAUGCUGUGGCAGCAGCAGUGGCAGCAGCUGUGGUAGUGGCCAGCAGUCUGGGGGCUGUUGCUGA